GUGACGACGAGGUGCCUGCGUGGAUUCGGCAGGCCUGCGACGUCUUCAACCCCGAAAUAAAGUCGCUGGACGAUGUGGUUGGCAAGAACCGCACCUUGCAGGAGAAGAGGGAGUUCGUUGACUACUGGUUCCUGAGGGGCUCAGGCGACGAGCUGAUUCGGCCAGUCACCUCGAAGAACGAAUGGGCUUUCAAGAGGGACGUCGAGAACAAGGGCAGAGGCGACAAGGGCAGCAUUCAGAAGCGGAAGGAAUCGUUUCUGCGGUCUGGGUUGUUGCCCACGGGAGGUGGGCCCUUCCUCUACGAGCACGACGACUCCAUGAGGACAGAGGAGUACCUAGUUGGACACUGGGCUACUUUCUUGGAAGGUUGCGAGUGCGUGUUCCGUGAGAACCCAGACCACGUGCACAUGGUAAAGAUGAGGAAGGAGGGCAUCGCCCAUUCGAGGGUGUAUCUUCGGCGAACUCCAGCGUACGCGAGGAGCUUCAUUGCCGAGCUGGGCAACGCAGAGAGCCUCUACGAGGACGAGCACUUCAAGAUCGCGAACGCUGUCUACCCUGGACGAUGGGGGACAUCCAAGAACUACUACACCAGGUGCGCUGCAUUCCGUAGGGAGUCUCAGAAGAUCGAGGUGACGUCGGGGCCUUACAGGGGCGACUCGUUGUGGAGGGCGAUCGAGAAGGCGUUCAUGGAGUUCGGCGACUUCACCAACAUGGACCCGAAGCUGGUGAAGAAUGUCGUCCUGUCUGCCGAUGCCUUGGUCAAGGUGUUGAAGGACGCCCCCAGGGGGCCAGAGACUAUCGUCGACAUCCUCUUGCUGAUGAUCCCCACCGAGGAUGUGCUCGGCAGGAGCCCCCUCCUCCCGAACGGAGUGGGCCUCCUUGACAUGACCCUGACCGACCAGCACGUUCGCGAGUUGCUCAAGACGAUGGAGAACACAGCAGUUUUCGAGAAGCUGAAGGAGGGCAGCAAGCUGACCAGACAGAAGCAGACUGCGCUGCUCAAGAAGCAGGCCAAGGCCGACAUGACUGAGAAGAAAAAGAAGGAGAGGCAGCAGGCCAAGGGCAAGCUGAACAUCAAGAAGGCCUUCAAGGACAAGAUCGCGCAGAAGAUGCAGGACGCCAAGCGGGGCGCAUCGGGCGCAUCGUCCUCUGCGGUGGCAACCCCCAUCGAGGAUGAGAUCACGACCAAGAGGAAGGGCGACGACGGCGACGUGGACCAGCUGAAGAUCACCGACAAGGACAAGACGAGGCUCGAGUUCAUUUACGAGACCGAGGCGUACCUGACUUGGCUGGACCAGCGCCAGGCCUUCAAGGCCAGGUCCCUGAAGCUCGCCACGCUCAAGGCAUGCUUCACGGGGAGCUGCGCUGUCAUGGUCAAUGGGCUUCCGCGGGUGAUCAAGGGCUGGUUUGCAUUACGACUGCUGUUCCGCAACCACGUGUGCAGGAGUGCCAAGCUCCAGCCACGCCCCAGCGAGGAGGCUUGGAAUGCAUCCUUGUGCGCCGACCUGCAUAAAGAGAUCCAGGACGGCUUCCUCGAGCAAGAUGUGGCCGAGGCGCCUGCCAACCGCGCAGCCACCGUCGAUGAGAUCGUUGGGCUCAUGCGAGCUUCGGAGACCACGGAGAUCGUUGCAGCCAUGAAGACCUUCUUCAAGAGCCACAACACCAGCAUGCCGAUAUCGACGCAGUGCAUCCCAGCUCGCCUGGCCAACGAGGCGCUGAUGAAGCUGAUGGAGUUCUCGAACAGCUCUGCCGACGUGGAGGAGCCCGAGAAGGGGAAGCAGAUCGCAGUGUUUGCUGCUACUAGCGUUGCGGACUCGGUCGUCGCGGAAGUCCCCGUCGAGUGGGACGACGUGAUGAAAAUUUUGGACUCGGCAAAGCAGCACGGGCUCAUCGAGAAGUUGCCCCGCGACGUCACGGACUCGAUCGCAGAGAUCGUCGAUAUGAACACGAACUUCUUGAGGGCCAUUCGGUCGCAGAUCUUCUUCCACAUCCUCAAGAGCAUCGGUGCCAUGACCUACGUCUCUGUAUCGCCUCCUGCUACUCAGAAGGCUGCGAAGUCUGUGAGGUUUCCCUAUCUGCCGAUGCACUGCCAGAGGGUGGUCCACGAGCUGUUUGACUCCUACAACAUCGCUAGCGUCGGUAAGGACACGCUCGCGGAGAAGCCUGCCUUCCUCUCCCAGCUUGUUACUGGCAUGUCUCCAGAAGGUGACGUCAUUGGUUUGUCUUUCGUUGAGGCAGCGGGCAAAUGGAUGUCGGAGCUUGUCGACGUGGAUAUGUUUAUUUGCGCCAAUGGAGGGCAGCAUUUCUUGGAGAAGAAGACAACAUUCCUCGAGAAGAUAAAGAAGGCCUCAGCCGAAUCGAUGAAGCGCCAGCUGGCGAGCGAGGGAAUCAAGAUCAAGACGACCAUCACCCGACAGAUCGAGCUCUUCCAGUCCAAUCGCGAUGCCGUUGUGGAGGAGAUCGUUGCCGCGUACGACCAGCUUCACCAGACCGAGGCAGAGGCGGCCCUCCUCUACGCGAAGACGUCGGAGAUCGCGAUCCAGCGACUUUCGGAGAAGCAUGGGGGGUCGCCUCCAGUCAGGGCCCCAGAGACAGCCGAGAGUAAGAAGGACGGCGACGCCGUCGCGGUGAUCGAGGUGAAGAACCCAGUGCUGAUCCCAAUUGGCAACUGGUGGAGUGCCCUUCUGAUGCAGGAGGGGGCCGAGCAGCACGUGAUCCUCAAGGGCAUCGUGGCGUCGGCGCAGACGAAGAUCUCGGAGGUGAUGAUGCACCACGUGGCGGCCUACGGCACCAACCAAGAGGUCAACGGCCUCUGCGUCAAGCACGCGGAUCCUCGCGAGGCGAGUACGCCGAACAAGAAGAUCAAGCUCGAGGUGCACCGCGUGGAGUUGGCCAACAAGAGCGACAGGAAGGACGUCAACCUCCCCUUCUGGGGCAAGGUGGUCUGCGAGGGCGAAGCCGUGGCGAUCAACAAGGCCAUGUGCUUGCCGCUCGGCGACAACAACGGAGCUGGCCCGAAGCUGUACAUCGAGGGCCUGGCCAACAACCUUCGGCGGAGCGACGGGUGCCUGGCUUGGGCGAUCGCGCCGUUGCCUGUCAAGAAGGGUGGCGCGAAGGAGGCCGACGAGGGCAGCGCCAAGAAGAAAGCAGCGACGGCGACAGCCAAGACGGAAGCAGCAGUGGCCACACACAUCAUCGACUACAUGGACCUGCAGUGGACGAUGGCCGACCAGACGUACACGUACACGCUGCCCUACCUGAAGGACAACCCCGACCACGCGGAGUUCUUCGGGAAGUGCCACAGGGCCACUUCGCCGUGGGACUUGGGCGAGGUGGUGAAGAGGGAGUGCUCGUCGAAGGAGUUGAGGACCUUCCUGACGAGCUAA